UAUCAUAGAUAACAUAUAUAUGCAGGUAUAUUUAGGAGGCGUUUUUCACAUCAAAGAUCAUCUCUCACGGACGCUCAUUAAGUCAAAGUGAGGCGAAGUGAAUUAGGAGUUUAAUUAUAAAGAUAAUCUUCCAGCAGUUCCACGGUCAACAGACAAAAAACAAUGCGCGAAGUAAUCAGCAUACAUGUCGGCCAAGCCGGGGUCCAGAUGGGCAAUGCAUGUUGGGAGUUAUACUGUUUGGAACACGGGAUCCAGCCCGAUGGGCGCAUGCCCAGUGAUACGACUGUAGGUAGUGGAGACGACUCGUUCAACACUUUCUUUAGCGAGACUGGUUCAGGGAAACACGUGCCGAGGUCACUUUUUGUUGACCUCGAGCCUACUGUCGUUGACGAGGUCCGUGUUGGUAAAUAUAGGCAGCUAUAUCAUCCGGAGCAACUUAUAACCGGAAAAGAAGACGCUGCUAACAACUACGCUAGAGGUCAUUUUACCGUAGGUAAGGAGCUUAUCGACGAAGUCCUUGACCGACUUCGUAAGAUGACCGAUCAAUGCACGGGUCUGCAAGGAUUCCUUGUGUUCCACAGCUUCGGCGGAGGCACAGGGUCUGGAUUUACAUCUUUGCUUUUGGAAAGACUUAGCGUGGACUACGGGAAGAAAUGUAAGCUAGAGUUUGCCGUGUAUCCGGCUCCAAAGGUGGCAACAGCUGUCGUGGAGCCCUAUAAUGCCGUCCUCACCACCCAUACAACUUUAGAACACACAGACUGCGCGUUCAUGGUAGAUAAUGAGGCGACCUUUGACAUCUGCAAUAAGAGACUUGACGUGGAGCGCCCCUCGUAUUUAAAUCUGAACCGAUUGAUUGGUCAGAUUGUAAGUUCAAUCACUGCCUCGCUAAGAUUUGAUGGAGCUCUAAACCUUGAUUUAACAGAGUUACAGACGAACUUGGUUCCUUUUCCAAGAAUCCAUUUCCUGUUGACGACAUACUCCCCGAUCAUAUCAGCUGAGAAGGCUUAUAAUGAACAGCUUUCAGUUUCCCAGAUUGCUAACGAAUGUUUCGAACCAGCAAACCAAAUGGUGAAAUGUGAUCCUCGGCUAGGAAAGUACAUGGCGUGUUGUAUGCUGUACAGAGGUGACGUGGUUCCUAAAGAUGUCAACGCCGCAAUCGCCGCAAUAAAGACGAAGAGAAGUAUCCAGUUUGUUGACUGGUGUCCGACUGGUUUUAAAAUAGGCAUUAACUACCAGCCACCUACUGUGGUUCCCGGUGGAGACCUUGCCAAAGUACCAAGAGCUGUCUGCAUGUUGAGUAAUACAACUGCCAUAGCCGAAGCUUGGUCUAGACUGGACCACAAGUUCGACCUUAUGUACGCCAAGAGAGCGUUCGUCCACUGGUAUGUAGGCGAAGGGAUGGAGGAGGGUGAAUUCGCCGAGGCGAGGGAAGACCUCGCUGUCCUCGAAAAAGAUUACGAAGAAGUUGGUAUCGAUUCCACUUACGAAGCAGAGGAUGAAAAUGAAGAGUACUAAUCGGAAGAAUUAACACAUAUUUUUAAGCUGACGGUGGUGAUCCUGACAUUUUAAUUAAUUAAUAGCGGAAUACUCGUAUAUAUUUGGACGAUAAAAAUACAUCUUACGUUUUGGUUAUUACUAUUUUUUUAGUCAAUAUUAAAAUUGUCAUUGUAUACUUUCAUAGAUAUAUAUAUACUUUUGAUAAAUUAUUGUCCUUUCAGAA